UGCCAGGGCGGGGAUAACCCCUCACGUGGAGCAGAUGAAAGGGCCGCGGCGCGACGGCCCGGGGAGCCGAGCGGAGCCUGCGACCCACAAAGCCGCCGCUGCCGCCGCGAUGGGGCUGUGAGGCGUCCGCCCGCCUUCGGUCCUCAGCCGGCCAGCGACUAUGCCCGGCCGCGCCCGCCCUCCGCGCCCUCCCGCCGCAGGACCAUGAGGCCGCGCUCGGGCGGGCGCCCAGGGGCCCCGGGCCGCCGCCGCCGCCGCCGCCGCCUCCGCCGCCGUCCUCGCGGCCUCCGGUGCCGCCGCCUGCCGCCGCCGCCGCCGCUGCCGCUGCUGCUCGGGCUGCUGCUGGCGGCCGCGGGGCCCGGCGCGGCGCGGGCCAAGGAGACGGCGUUCGUGGAGGUGGUGCUGUUCGAGUCGAGCCCAAGCGGCGACUACACCACCUACACCACCGGCCUCACGGGCCGCUUCUCGCGGGCCGGGGCCACGCUCAGCGCCGAGGGCGAGAUCGUGCAGAUGCACCCACUGGGCCUAUGUAAUAACAAUGACGAAGAGGACUUGUAUGAAUACGGCUGGGUAGGAGUGGUGAAGCUGGAACAGCCAGAAUUGGACCCAAAACCAUGCCUGACUGUCCUAGGCAAGGCCAAGCGAGCAGUACAGCGGGGAGCCACUGCAGUCAUCUUUGAUGUGUCUGAAAACCCAGAAGCUAUUGACCAGCUGAACCAGGGCUCGGAAGACCCACUCAAGAGGCCGGUGGUGUAUGUGAAGGGUGCAGAUGCCAUUAAGCUGAUGAACAUCGUCAACAAGCAGAAAGUAGCUCGAGCAAGGAUCCAGCACCGCCCUCCUCGACAACCCACUGAAUACUUUGACAUGGGGAUUUUCCUGGCUUUCUUCGUCGUGGUCUCCUUGGUCUGCCUCAUCCUCCUUGUCAAAAUCAAGCUAAAGCAGCGACGCAGUCAGAAUUCCAUGAAUAGGCUGGCCGUGCAGGCUCUGGAGAAGAUGGAAACCAGAAAGUUCAACUCUAAGAGCAAGGGGCGCCGGGAGGGGAGCUGUGGGGCCCUGGACACACUCAGCAGCAGCUCCACGUCUGACUGUGCCAUCUGCCUGGAGAAGUACAUUGAUGGAGAGGAGCUGCGGGUUAUCCCCUGUACUCACCGGUUUCAUAGGAAGUGCGUGGACCCCUGGCUGCUGCAGCACCACACCUGCCCCCACUGUCGGCACAACAUCAUAGAACAAAAGGGAAACCCAGGCGCGGUGUGUGUGGAGACCAGCAACCUCUCACGUGGUCGGCAGCCGAGGGUGACCCUGCCGGUGCAUUACCCCGGCCGCGUGCACAGGACCAACGCCAUCCCAGCCUACCCUACGAGGACAAGCAUGGACUCCCACGGGAACCCCGUUACCUUGCUGACCGUCGACCGGCACGGGGAGCAGAGCCUCUUUUCCCCGCAGACCCCCGCCUACGUCCGCAGCUACCCACCCCUCCACCUGGACCACAGCCUAGCCGCUCACCGCUGCGGCCUGGAGCACCGGGCCUACUCCCCAGCCCACCCCUUCCGCAGGCCUAAGUUGAGCGGCCGCAGCUUCUCCAAGGCAGCUUGCUUCUCCCAGUACGAGACCAUGUACCAGCACUACUACUUCCAGGGCCUCAGCUACCCGGAGCAAGAGGGGCAGCCCCCGCCUAGCCUUGCACCCCGGGGCCCGGCACGUGCCUUUCCUCCGAGUGGCAGCGGCAGCCUGCUGUUCCCGACCGUAGUGCACGUGGCCCCGCCCUCCCACCUGGAGAGCGGUAGCACGUCCAGCUUCAGCUGCUAUCACGGCCACCGCUCGGUGUGCAGUGGCUACCUGGCCGACUGCCCGGGCAGCGACAGCAGCAGCAGCAGCAGCUCCGGUCAGUGCCACUGUUCCUCCAGUGACUCUGUGGUAGACUGCACUGAGGUCAGCAACCAGGGCGUGUACGGGAGCUGCUCCACCUUCCGCAGCUCCCUCAGCAGCGACUAUGAUCCCUUCAUCUACCGCAGCCGGAGCCCCUGUCGCGCCAGUGAGGCAGGGGGCUCAGGCCGGGGACCUGCACUGUGCUUUGAGGGCUCCCUGCCACCCGAGGAGCUCCCGACAGUGCACAGUCAUGGUGCUGGGCGGGGCGAGCCUUGGCCAGGCCCUGCCUCUCCCUCGGGGGAUCAGGUGUCCACCUGCAGCCUGGAGAUGAACUACAGCAGCAACUCCUCGCUGGAGCACAGGGGGCCCAAUAGCUCUACCUCAGAAGUGGGGCUCGAGGCUUCUCCUGGGGCCGCCCCGGACAUCAGGAGGACCUGGAAGGGGGGCCACGAGGGGCCAUCGUGUGCCUGCUGCUGCGAACCCCAGCCCUCCCCACCCGGGCCUAACGCCGGAGCAGCUGGCAGCAGCACCUUGUUCCUGGGGCCCCACCUCUUAGAGGGCUCUGGCCCCACGGGUGGGGAGCCCCAGCCAGGAAGCUCCCAGGGCCUGUACGGCCUUCAUCCCGACCAUUUGCCCAGGACAGAUGGGGUGAAAUAUGAGGGCCUGCCCUGCUGCUUCUAUGAAGAGAAGCAGGUGGCCCGUCGCGGCGGAGGGGGCAGCGGCUGCUACACUGAGGACUACUCGGUGAGUGUGCAGUACACGCUCACCGAGGAGCCCCCACCCGGCUGCCACGCGGGGGCCCGGGACCUGAGCCAGCGCAUCCCCAUCAUUCCGGAGGAUGUGGACUGUGACCUGGGCCUGCCCUCGGACUGCCAAGGGACCCACAGCCUCGGCUCCUGGGGUGGGACACGGGGCCCAGACGCCCCACGGCCCCAUAGGGGCCUGGGAGCAACUCGGGAAGAGGAGCGGGCUCUGUGCUGCCAGGCUAGGGCCCUGCUGCGGCCUGGCUGCCCUCCAGAGGAGGCGGGUGCUGCCAGGGCCAGCCUCCCCAGUGCCCUCCAGGACACUCAGGAGCCCAGCACCACGGCUACUGAGGCUGCAGGACCGAGAUCUCGCUCAGCAGACAGCAGCAGCACAGGAGCCUGAGUUCAGAAGGAACUCUUACCUGGAAAUUGGGAACUGUAUGGAGACUCCAAACUGACUUCCUUCAAAAAACAAAAACAAAAAUUUUUUUAGCUUUGACAAACACACGAAAGUGGUAAUAAAGAGAGCCCUCCUUCUCAACCCAAAAUGUGAGCCCCCUGUGGCAAAACCACCCCCUACCCCAUUAACAAAUCAACAGACAAAAUUCUCCGAGUCCUUUGCCUCUUUUGAUAACAUGUUCUGUUUUGUAAAGUGUGUGUGCUUGGGGUUUCCGAGGUGUGGGAUUGAGUUCUGGUUUUUUGUUUUGUUUUGUUUUUUGUUUUUUGUUUCUUAAGAUAUUGUAUGUAAAUGUAAAAAGUUAUUUAAAUAUGUAUUUUAAAGAACCCUAACCGCCAACUUUUGCUGAAAAAGGAAAAAAAAAUCACUGCUGCAUUAAAUGA